CAUUACAAAGUGCUUUGAGGGAGUUACUUCUAGUUCACGGAUAACUUUUAACGAACACUAUACGUGCAUCUAUUUAGCUGACGAUAAUACGACAUUAUAUUGUUUCAGUGUCUUGAAUACUUAAGAUUAAAACUGUUGUUUUUACUGAAUAUUUAUAUGAACUCAUAAAAGCUCCGAAGCACAAACUUUGGUUCGAAUUUAAGUAAACCGCUUUAGGAUCCGUGAGUUAGUACGUUCUUUGUCAGGGUCAACAAUCGUCGAAACCAGCUCCGGAAUGAGAUUUCUGUUAUUAUUUACAGGACUUUUGGCUCUUUGCAGUGCCUUAAAUUUGACAGGUGUGCCAUUAAGUUUUACCGAAGAGGAUGAAGUGCUUUCAUUGAUAUCAGAUGAAGUCGCCCGCAAAUAUGCCAAAGAGUUUAAAGCUUACCUGAAAAGUGGCGUCGAGUCGGAAGUGUUUCAACAGAUGUCCAAGCAAUUGGCAGCCACACACUCACAGAAAGAAAUUUUCACACGCAAUAUCGCAGAUUUGCGUGCCGCCGAUCAAUUUAUCGUUUGCACGACUUGUCGCGCCACUUUGUCGGUGUUGGGCGAUAUGUUUCGUGAACCCGAGGGUGAGUUAAACGGACCAACAGCGGAUCAGAUAGCGAAGAAAGUAAUGCUUCACAUUUGCAAUCGUCUAAAUUUACAAACUGAAGAAGUUUGUUCAGGACUAUUCGACUUAAAUUGGCCCAUCUUGAAUUAUACCAUUCACAAUACUGUGGCUGAGACCCGCAGCUUAUGUGGCAUAUUACCAAUCAGUUUUUGUCAAGUGAAACAGAACGAAUACAAUUUCACGCUGACGAUCGAUGGGAAUUCUGUUGGCGUUGAUGGCCCUAAAAGCAAUAUACCCGUCAAGAGUGAUGCAGAUUGGAAAAUAUUGCAGUUGACCGAUAUACAUUAUGAUCCUGAGUAUGCACCUGGUUCGUUAGCUGAUUGUCUAGAGCCAAUGUGCUGUCAGCGUAGCUCCGCAUCCGGUACGAUUGAAGUUAGUAAACAGGCUGGUUACUGGGGUGAUUAUCGUGACUGUGAUACACCUUUACAUCUGAUCGAAAAUGCUUUCGAACAUAUUCGGGAGACGCACGAGAAAAUUGAUUAUAUUUAUCAGACCGGCGAUAUUGUGUCGCAUAUAUAUUGGGCCACAACUAAGAAUGGUAAUAAGGAUGUAUUGUCGAAACUCAAUCAAUUGAUUGCAGAAAAGUUCGAUGGUAUACCCGUAUAUCCGAAUGUAGGCAACCACGAAUCGCAUCCCUCUAAUGUAUUUGGCGCUAUCGAUGCUCCGGCCGAAUUCAACGUUAGGUGGCUCUAUGAACAUCUGUGGUCGAUUUGGUAUCGUUGGUUGCCGACUGAUGCCGAACAGACAGUGCUCAAAGGCGGUUAUUAUACCGCUUCACCCAAACAAGGUUUCCGUGUAAUAUCAAUAAACAGCAAUGAAUGUUUUCUCUACAAUUGGUGGGUCUAUCAUAACGGUAGCAUUGCGGUUGAACAACUGCAAUGGUUGCACGAUACUUUGCUCGCUGCCGAGAAGGCUGGUGAAUAUGUUCAUAUAUUGACCCAUAUACCGUCAGGUGAUGCGGACUGUUGGACCGUGUGGGCACGUGAAUUUAAUCGCAUUAUAGAACGUUUCAAUCAAAUAAUUGGCGGCAUCUUUACUGGACAUACUCAUGUGGAUGAGUUGAAUGUGCACUAUACGUCGAAGGGUCAUGCAGUGGGUGUGUCUUGGAAUGGAGGUAGUUUAACGACUUACUCCAACAAGAAUCCAAACUAUGUCGUAUAUCAGGUCGAACCAGAGAGUCUGCAAGUAGUUGAUUAUGAAACAUGGAUUUUCGACUUGGAGAUAGCAAACUCACGAGGCUCGGGCGCCAAACCUGAGUGGUUUAAAGAAUACAGCAUCACUGAAUUUACAAGUGAUCUUAGUCCAGCUGGUUUAGAUGCGCUAUUGGAUCAACUAGCGGAAAACCCAAAACUCUUAGAAACGUUUUGGCAGUACAAGCACACUUCAGCUAAUCCACGUGUAAAUAACGGUUGCGAUAAUAAGUGCUUGUCUAAAACGCUAUGUCGCAUGGCAGUAACUGUCUUUGAUCAGAAAACGCGCUGCAAUCAAUUGAAAGCGAAGUUGGAAAGCAAUCUACCGGCGAUCACCACUGAAAGCCCAACAGCUGGACCAAGUACUGGAACACCAACAACACAAGAUCCAAUUACCACAGAGAAACCUGGGGGCGGUACAGCUUCUUUAAUUUUUGGCGUGCAACUAACAACGAUGACAUUUAUUUUGCUUUUUGCUCGAUUUCUUUAAUAAAGUUCCUAUGCACCAAAUUGAUUACAAUAUUUUCAGGUUAGAUUCAAUAAAUAUUUUAUAACAAGCA